AUGACGAGGGCGGCGACCCCUCAGCUUAUCUCUGAGAUCCGAGAUCCCGAGUCGACCGCGUCACGGAUUGUGGCGCUACGGGUGUUGAAAAAUGAGAUUAUUGGGCAUGACCAAAGAAAAGAAGCUUGGAUCGGGUGGGGCAUUGUUCCUUUGUUAUCACAGAUCCUCGCAGGACGUCGAGGGACGGGGAAGAGGUCGGCCGUCGGCGAACGGAAUGGCGACGCAAAACAUCCCUCCGAGCGAAGGAAUAGUAGAUCUGAUGAAGAUGAGGCUUGCUUACAGGCUAUUAUCAUUAUUGGCAGUUUAGCUCAAGGGGGUCCGCCGUUCAUAUCUCCCAUAGCUGCAGGUGGCAUCUUUCCCCAGCUGCUGUCAAUAUUAUCCUCGCCAAACUGCCAUCCAUCACUCUUCCUUGCCGUACUGGAGACUCUCAACAUAAUCGCCGAUAGAUUCCCCCUGUGUCAGCAGCGAAGCUCGCAGCAUGUGAAACAGCUAUCUUCCCUCCUAUUCUCUCGAGACCAUGUUGAAACCCUUCGCAGACUGAUAAUCGAUUCGACCGUAUCUCCCUCCUCCAUUUCGGAAUUGUCAGUCGCCCUGGCUGCAAACUUAAUUGCCAAAACUUGUUCAGAGGAAAAUCACAAGACCUUACUGGCGGAAUUCGGCGUCCUAGAUGCGCUGGCUCUCAAACUCUCCACCUUUGUGGUUUCGCAGGGGUUUGUUCUCCCAGGCGCGGAAAACAGUGCCAUGGAUCCGGGCGCUUUGAAGAUGUUACCUCCAGCUGCCCCUCCCAAUGCAAGGCUUGCCCCUAUUCUGCGAGCUAUCGCCGUAAUUAUCGAAAAUUCAAAAUCUCGCGCAGAACACUUUAUCUCAUCCCCAGCGGUGGUAACCGUGUUCCCCAAAGAGGUACCCGAGUUUUCACCCAAUGAUAUCAAAAAAACGCCAUGGGGAUCGACCUAUUUCUCCGGGUUCGCAGUUCCUCGCCAUAGUGCCACCAAUCCAAUUGAUGCCAUUCUCCCUUCUGUCCCAAUCGUACAGACAAAAAUCUCGACAAACUUCCCGCCGCUCGGCUCUCAUAACUCGUACGGGAGACAUGGCCAAUUUUUUAGCCCACCCAUUUCCAUACCCGAAUCAAACGUGUCCGAUGAGGAGGAAAGCGCCCUCAUAUCGUGGCUUUUCGCAGUUAUUCGAGCAGAGUCGGAUCUGACCCGGCUUGUGGGAGCCAAGUUGGCAACAAACCUCUGUCGUUUAGGGUUAGCGAAAAAGCAUCGGCUGCCAAUGUUCGGAUACCUGCUGAUCCCGCUGCUCAUUGCCACGUUUGAGAAGGAUUUCGAAGUUCCUGAUGAUGCCGAUGUUUAUGAGAGCGUCCUGAUUCCGACAACUUUACGCAUCAAAGAAGAAGCGCCAGCAAUUCUCGCGUCACUGAUUAUGGAUAGUUGCGAACUCCAAUCUCAUGCAGGAGAAGGCGGGGCUAUACCAAAACUUGCACAGAUGCUUAAAGAGUCUUUCAACCCUAUUGCAGGGACAGGCAAACCCAUGUGGAAUCCGGACAAAAGUUUGCUUGUAACACCCAAUGUUUCGCAGCCAGAACUAUGUCUUGGACCUCGCGGUUUAUCUCCCAUGGCAUAUCACAAGAUGAAACUUCGCGAGGCCGUUCUCAGAGCCCUGGCUGCCCUGGGCCUCUUUAAGGAGGAAUACAGAAGAAUGAUGUGCGAAAAUGGCGUCACAGGUUACAUUAUCGAUUCGAUGAAGCCAUGUGACCCAGAGUCCCCCGAUGCCCUUGAUGGAAAUCCAGUUCCAACGCUGCUUGCAGCUUGUGCAGCUGUGCGAUCAUUGACACGAUCUGUGACUGCAUUGAGGACGAACAUGAUUGACCAUUGUUUGACAACUCCAAUGUUUGCAUUGGUCAAGCAUGGGGAUGUUGAUGUUCAGAUUGCCGCAACUUCAGUUUUAUGUAAUCUGACAUUGGAUUUCAGUCCAUUGAAGGAGAUCAUUGUCGAACACAAUAUGAUUCCGGUACUCUGCGAUCAUUCACAUUCAUCGAAUAGCAGACUCCGUCUGGAAGCUCUCUGGGCACUGAAGCAUAUCGCUUUCAACUCCACGAACGACAUUAAAAUGAAAAUAGUCGAGGAACUCGAACCCGGCUGGCUAAAGCAAGUCAUCUGCCACGAUCCUAACGAUCCGAAUCUCAGACGGAGAAUAGACGAUGAUAUAGGUGGUGGUUCUUCAUCGAUCGGAAUGGGAACUUCGAAUUCUGUCGGAGAACAGGUCGACAUCCUUAAUCCAACGGACAUGUCUGACAAGGAAUCUCAGCCUCACGAGGAAGACCACCAGAUGACAGACGUCAUCAUGUCACCGAAAACAAGCCUCGAUAGUUUCAUCGCAGACAAUUCCCGUCGUCGACGCCUCGCCAUAAACGGCGACCUGGAUCAAACCAAACAAGCACGACGCGACGACCUCCGCGUCCAAGAACAAACUUUCGACCUCCUCCGAAACAUCAUCUGUGGCGUCGGCGCACCAGAGAUGAUCGACUUCCUCUUCCAGGAAGUCGGCCAAAGCGACCUCUUCAACAUCCUCGCGGACAAGUUACGCCCCAAAACCCUCGGCAGCUACAGUCGCAAAGACACCUCCCUGUCCACAAAGUCCGUCACCAUGCCGGCCGAGAUUCUCGAGUCUGUUACCUACAUGAUUAUUCACAUCGCAGCGGGCUUGUCUCGCCACCGGCAUCUGCUGAUACAGCAUCCCACCUUGUUGAAGCUCAUGAUUCCCCUGUUCAACAACCCGCGCACGCAGAUACGAAGAAACUGCGUGUGGGUGAUUAUUAAUUUGACGAUUUCGGAUGACCAGAUGGAUCAUGCUAGUUGUCGCGAGCGGGCGAUUAAGCUUAAGAGCCUGGGUGUGAUGGAGAAACUGCUCAGUUUGGAAGAAGAUUCUGACCCGGAUGUGAGAGAGCGGACAAAGACUGCAUUAUCUUUGAUGCGUGCAUUGCUUCAGUAG